AUCACAAUAGCCACACCUAACUCGUUACGGGAUUGUGUGAGAAUAGAUAAUUUACGAGGAUAAGUUACAUAUUCGUACGGAAAAAAGUGUAAUUAAACUCCGAUGUAAAUUAAAGUGGUGGUGGAAUCAAUCUGUUAGAGAAUACUACUGUUAAAUUUUAUACAAUAUUGUAGACGUUGUAAGAAACAUUAUACGGAAAAUUUGGCAACCACUUUCUAAAUAUAUUGCCACAAACUAGAACCGUUUAAUCGGUUGAGAACUUAUAUACUUUAAUUGCACAACAGGUUGGUUAAUAAAAUUAGUUUUUCUGUUAAACUAGUACCAGCGUUCAAGGCGAAUCACCCACGGUAAAUCCAACAAGAUGGAUAGAGUGUUAAGAGAUGAAAAGGAUCAACAAGAAGUCGCAAAAAUAAUGGUACACGAUCCAAUCGCGAUGCAAAACUGGAUCCGGGUUUCACAAGAACUUGGUCUAAAUGUUGAAUUCGAGACCAGACAUUAUCCCCAGUUGGUAAUGGGCCUUAUAAAGUACGACAUCCUUUUUCAAAAAAUGCUUCAGGAAUGGGCCGCUAGAUUCAGGAGGGAAGCUACAGUGGGAGAAUUAUGCAAAGUAUUGAGUCAACUCGGGCUUAAAAUGAUUUCGAAUAAUAUAAAGGAACAUUUUUUAAACCUAACGGAUGGUCCUCCUGACAAAUCUAGCCAAGCAAUCACAGCGGUUGAAAGAAUAAACAUGGAUGGAGACAUGGCACCAGGAACCAAGAAGAGUAAGAUAGAAGAAGGAAUUAUCUUUUUGCCAUGUCCAAAGCCUGAUAAAAAUUUCACUGGGAGAUGUCAACUUAUUGAAGACGUUAUUAAAAGUCUUUCAGAAUUUGGAAAAAAUCCUAGUAAUCAGGUUGGAUUUCCCCUUGCAGAUCUGCACGGUCUUGGUGGUCACGGAAAAACACAAACUGCACAAAGAAUUGCAGACAAAUGCGCGAAAGAAAAUAUAUUCAAUGGAGUGAUAUGGAUAGAUGCCGAACACGAAUCUGGAAUCAUAGAAAAAAUUAGAAGAGAAUUAAUAAAUCAAGGAAUUCAAGACCUGCAAGAAAAUCUUGGGCUUCUGCUGGCUAAUAAACUUUAAGAUUUUAUAAAUUUGAAAGGUCCGCAAAAAGUCCUAGUAAUAUUUGACAAUGUAAAUGGAUUUGAAGAAAUCGAGAAAUAUUUACCGCUAAACAAAAAUAUGGAUAAUAUAGCUCUCUUACUGACAUCUGUGGAGAAGAUUUCUAUCCCAACCGCAAUGGGGGAAAUUGUAUCGUUUAGGGUGGAUGUUUUAGAAGAGAUUGAGGCCGUAGAGUUGAUUUCUAAACUACUACCAGAGUCCGUCGAAAACCUAGAGUCUGAUAUUUCCCUCCUUGCCUUGGAGUCUGGAAGAAUCCCGGUAAUUCUGUGCAUUAUGGCAGCAACCAUUGCCAACAGUCCUUACACAAUUCCUUAGUUUGUGAAAGAAAUGAAGGACAGAUCAAAAAUAAUCAAGUAUCCACUCGAUCCUAAAAAGAAAGAUAAUCUGAACUUGCAAUAUAAGAAAAGUUUAUAUAUUUGUGUGAAAAUUGCUCUGGAAAAAUUGCAAACAUCAAACAAUUUGUAUGCCAACGCCGCGACUCAUUUUAUCGAGAGAUGUGUGUAUUUGCGUGAUGAGUUUAUUAUCAAAUAUUUUCUGAAACAUAGCACCACGGUUAGACAAGAUGUGGAAACAAUUUCAGAAGAAAGUUUGGUACAUCUUGAACCAAUCUUUGUGUUGAAAAGUGUCGUCGACUUGGUUUCCAGCUUUUCAUUGGUUAACUAUAGAACUCACGAGUAUUCAGCUGUAAUGAAUGAAGUAGUAGUUCAUCGCUUAGUUAAAGAAACAUUGAGAGCAAUACAAAGGGAUGAAGAGCGAGAGUAUAACAUAUUGGAGGAGCUCGUCAGUAAGGAUCAUCCCGAAUUGAAAGAUGUGGAGGGAGAUAUUCUCGACGUUUAUUUUAUCCCUAGACAAAUUUCCAUCGUUUGGUCAUAUGCAGCAAAUUAUGAAUGUCUAAUCAGAAAAUACUUCCUGGAGAAAGGAUCCUUGAAAGUAAUGAUUGACAAUAGAUUUUUCAACGAAACCAAACAAAUCGUCAAACAACUCGGAGAUACAAAUUCAGCCCGGAAAAUACUUGCAAUCGAAGUUCAUGAAAAUGGAUUUGAAUCAGCAUUACGAAAGGAUUUUUGCGGACUAAGACGUUAUUUUAUUCAACAACUUAAAAUUAAUAGAGGUGAUAUUCCUGACUCGCUUUGGAAAGCUGGAAUAACGGAUACUGUAAAGUGUUGCAUGUUACGUAUGAAUCUUGACAUAUUGACUGAAUUAGUGGAGGGGCUCGAUUUACAGGGGGAUUUUUUAUCAAGUGCCGAUUCUGACAAUUUACUCGUGAACGCAAUAUACUGGGGAAAGCUGGAAGCUGCAAAGUACUUCUUGGAUAAGAAUGCAAAUCCAUGUGAGAAAGGAAGGGAUGGGUACACUGCGUUACAUGCUUGUGCGUUUAGAUGGAAUGGAAAACGAGCGGAAGCUGCUAAUCUAUUGACAGCCAGGAUUGUCUCCAAAUAUCCGGAAUUGGUAUACGCGAAAGAUAGCGUUGGGCGACCGCCUUUCAUGAUAGCAGCAGAACGUGGUAAUAAGUGUGCCCUAAAUUUUAUUCUGCGGAAUAUGCUAGAUUCCAGCUCUCAAAUUAAUCUUCCUGAUAAUGAGGGAAAUACUUCGUUGAUGCUGGCAAUUAAAAAUGUCACGAAUACACCAAUGUCAGACGUUAUCAUGGUUUUGAUGGGGCACGGAGCAGAUAUUCAUUACAGGAAUCCUUUAAAUUUAUGGAAUGCGUGGCAUUAUGCAUGCUUUGCUGGCCUUUAUCACGAAAGCAUACCAUCCUUACACUUCUUUGAAAUUCUCGAGAUCCUGGUGGCAAACAUGGUUUCGCUGGACGAGCAAAAUAAAGAUGGCGACACAUUUUUACAUAUGCUCAUAAAGGACAAUGAUACAUUUCCUUAUAUUGAGAAAUCAGAUCUUAGUAAGUUUCUAGACUUAAUAGCGGCAAAUAAGAUGGGCUCGUUAUUUGACUGCAGGAAUGGAGAUGGGUUGACGAUUUUGGAGUUAGUAAAUAUUCCUGUAAGCAAUUCCAGUGUCCGGUCAUCCGUCGUUUUUGGUGAAAUGAAAAAAGGGCCAAAUAUUGCUAGACGGUGGGCUGAAAGUGACACAGCAAUAACCAGGUCUGACCACGCUAUGAUAAAACAGUCCAAUCACGAGGUAGUUAUUGAAUUUAUUCAGAAAUUUAGUAGUAAAUGACAAAUAAGGUUACCGCAUGGUGAUCAAUGUUUUUUAUUAAUGUACUUGGCCCUCACAAGACCGUCGGGACAAAUGCAUUGACUGUCCCCACGGCAAAAUUUCCGUGGGGACAUUGUCCCCAUGUCCCCACGCAUCCGCGGCCGCUGUAUGAAGAGCGAAUAUAAUAGAUAAUAAUGCAAUUUUAACUUCUACCAUGCGAGAUAUAUGGUAGUAAAUUCCGUUAAACUGGUUUAUGUGUACAAAUUUGGUUUUAUUAAUUUAGAACCAAAAUGUAAGUACGGGAUAAAGAACAAUUAUAAAUUGCAAAGGACAUUACAAAGUGUAGAUAAACCCGUCGGAUAAAAUGUAAUGUUAUAGACAAUAAAAUUUUUGAUGCUCGUA